CUGGGUUGGGAACACGGACGUUAAAGAGAGCAUGCACGUUAACAUGAAAAUCAGACGACACCUGUGCGAGAAGCCGCCAUCUUUGCGUCUUCAGAUGAAAGCGAGUGAAAUUCUGUCUGAAACGCUUUCAGUCAGUUAAACUGAGAUGACCUCACGGCCGAAUGACAGCCGAGCUCCGACUCACGACAGAUCCCAGAUCAGUGAACAGGAGAGCGCGCGUGGCAUUUUCAUCAGAGCUCGGAAUUGAUGGCAGUAAGCACUGUUCCCUGGUGUGGCAGUUUGGUGUAUGGACUUCCUGGGAAGGAGACACCAGCAGUAAGAGUUCUGCCAGCAUUCAUUUUUGCAGACAAACUCUCACAUUGGAUCCCAACACAGCUAACGGACACCUCAGCUUGUUUGAGAAUAACAGUGCAGUGACCUGCAGUGAAGCAGUCCCGUCUUUUCCUGAUCAUCCAGAUAAAUUUGACAUUGUAUAUAACUGUGUCGUAUAUAAAAGCAUUAGCAGAAAAGUCACAGGUAAUGAGUGUAGGUUUGGGAACAAUAAUCAGUCUUGGAGUUUAUACUGUUCUCCGUUCAGAUGUUCAUUCUGGCACAAUGACAAACAAACUAAAACCUCUAAAAGACACAGUGCCUCUGUAAUAGGAGUGUAUGUGGAUUACAGGGCAGGUUAUCUAUCCUAUCUCAGUGUCUCUGACACAAUGAAGCUCCUUCACAAAGUCCAAACUACAUUCACUUAGCCUUUCUACCCAGAGUUUUAUGUUUUCUCAGUCUCAACAGUGAAACUUUUAUAACUCACUC